GGGCGGGGCUUCGGCGCGAGCGGAAGGCGGGACCAAGGCCAGGAGCCGGCGAGUGAUGCCACUCACACCCGGGAAAGAGCUAACGGGACAGCGGCGCAAGCCAAUCGCAGCCAGCCCUCCGGAGGCAGAGGGACCGGGGUGGAGACUUCGGAUGCCGCGGUUGCAGGAGCCCAGUGGGGCCGAGGCUGCCCCCGAGCCCGAGCCGCUGGGCUGCUGUUGACCCUUUGUUCUCACCAUCAAGUGACUCAGGCUGCUCUGCGAUUGCCAAGCCUGGACCAAACCCCGGGGGAGAAAACUGAGGAUUCUCUCGCUGAGGCACCGUUCUAAGUACAAAUAGAAAUUGGCUAUGGAUAAUUCAUAUGCUUUCAAUCAACGAAGCUCAUGUAAUGGAAUUCCAUCUGAGAAAACAAACAACUUACUUGUGUCAGAAGAUCAUGGACAGAAAAUCUUGAGUGUACUACAGAAUUUUAGAGAACAAAAUGUCUUUUAUGAUUUCAAAAUAAUCAUGAAAGAUGAAAUAAUCCCAUGUCAUCGUUGUGUGUUAGCAGCGUGCAGUGACUUUUUCAGGGCUAUGUUUGAAGUAAACAUGAAAGAAAGAGAUGGUGGGAGUGUUACCAUUACCAAUUUGUCCGCCGAAGCAGUAAAAGCCUUUCUUGAUUAUGCCUAUACUGGAAAAACAAAGAUAACAGAUGAUAAUGUGGAAAUGUUCUUCCAGGUGUCAUCGUUUUUUCAAGUUCCCUUCCUAUCCAAAGCCUGCAGUGACUUCUUAAUAAAAAGUAUUAAUAUUGUCAAUUGUUUACAGUUAUUAUCUAUAUCAGAUAGCUAUGGCUCUCCCCGUUUGUUUGAUCAUGCAUUAUACUUUGUACAACAUCACUUUUCCUUGUUAUUUAAAUCCAGUGAUUUCUUAGAGAUGAAUUUUGGAGUAGUGCAGAAAUGUCUGGAAUCGGAUGAAUUAGAUGUUCCUGAAGAAGAAACUGUCCUGAAAGUUGUCCUGAAUUGGACUAAAUAUAACUUAGAAGCAAGGCAAAAGCAUCUGCCUUAUUUGAUUAAAAAAGUAAGAUUACAUCAAUUACCUGAGGAGACACUUCAAGACUGUCUGCUUAGUGAAGAGUGUUUACUCAAAAACACCAACUGUUUUGACAUAGUCAUGGAUGCAAUUAAAUGUGUGCAAGGUUCUGGUGGACUUUUCCCUGAUGCGCGACCAUCCACAACUGAAAAAUACAUCUUUGUUCACAAAACUGAGGAAAAUGGCGAAAAUCAACAUACAUUUUGCUAUAAUAUCAAAACUGAUUCGUGGAAAAUACUGCCACAAUCACACCUGAUUGAUUUGCCCGGAUCUAGUCUGGCAAGUUACGGAGAAAAAAUAUUCUUGACAGGUGGUUGCAAGGGGCCGUGUUGUCGAACAGUUCGGCUUCAUAUUGCAGAGUCAUAUCAUGACGCCACUGAUCAAACCUGGUGCUAUUGUCCAAUCAAAAAUGAUUUCUGCCCAGUAUCAACCAUGAAAACACCCAGAACCAUGCAUACAUCGGUUAUGGCUCUUAAUAGGUUGUUUGUCAUAGGUGGAAAGACGGCGGGAUCUCAGGACAUUAAAAGUCUCCUAGACGUUGAAUCUUACAACCCUCUUUCCAAAGAAUGGAUGUCUGUUAGCCCGUUACCCAGGGGCAUAUACUACCCCGAAGCAAGUGCAUGCCAAAAUGUAAUUUAUGUGCUUGGAUCAGAGGUAGAGAUUACAGAUGCCUUUAACCCAUCGCUUGAUUGCUUUUUUAGAUACAACGCUACAACUGAUCAGUGGUCUGAAUUAGUAGCAGAGUUCGGGCAAUUUUUUCAUGCCACACUAAUUAAAGCUGUCCCGGUAAACUGCACACUGUAUAUAUGUGACCUUUCCACCUACAAGGUUUACAGUUUUUGUCCCGAUACUUGUGUCUGGAAGGGUGAAGGAUCUUUUGAAUGUGCAGGCUUUAAUGCAGGUGCUGUUGGAAUUGAGGAUAAAAUUUACAUAUUAGGUGGUGACUACGCACCCGAUGAAGUCACAGAUGAAGUGCAAGUCUACCACAGCAGCAGGUCCGAGUGGGAGGAAGUGUCCCCGAUGCCAAGAGCCUUAACUGAGUUUUACUGCCAGGUGAUUCGGUUUAACAAAUACCGGGACCCCUGGUUUUCUAACCAUUUCUAAAAGUAGUGUGUGCUUAGACAUUGUAAAACUCUUCCGGUUCUAGAAACCUAGGGGAGGUUUGUUAAAUAACAGUCGGUAAAAAAGGUCUAUACAUCUUAAAUUAAAAUUUACCUUCUAUUAGAGAAUUACUGUGAAUGUACACUGUGUAAGAAUUAGCAGUUCCCAGAAACUUAAAAUAUAAAAUGCAUUUUACCAAAAACUAUACUGAAUAUAAUUUAAUCUUGGAGAAUCCAGAAUACUUGUAUUGUCUUCUGUAAAUAAAACUCUAGGCUUGAAUGUUUUAAUUUUUAACAGUGAAACACAGAAACAAAUCAAAUAGUAAAAACAAAGUUCACAGAUUUGUACUAUGUAAAUGGGAGAAAUCUCUUUAGGUAGUAAAAAUGAAUUAUGUACACUAUAUUUUAUGAACUGAAAAAUAAAUUACAAAGGUGAGAAUCCUACCCUGUUACUACAGGUUUAAGAGUUACUGAAUUCCUAUCCUUUCUGAUCAUAGUUAGCUUCUUUUAAGUACUUUUUUCUUUCACCAUUAUUUGGUCAGAAAUUUUUCUAAAAUGCAAUGUGUUUCCCCAGCAUCCUAAACUGUACACUGAACAUGAACAUUUUCUAUAAUUCAACUUUUUAAUGACUCAACUCCUCAUUAGGAGUGUAAUGUACCAUAUUAUACUUUCAUAAUGCUACCAGCAGUUACUGAAAUGUUUUUAAAAUUGCCGUUCCUAUUAGAACUCAGUGUUAGUUGGCGUUGAUGUCUAGCAGUAUGUCUCCCUUAUUUUCUGGCUCAAGCUCAAUAAAUUAACAUUCUUGAUUUAAUUAUUAGUUCUAAGUUACACUGCCCUGAGUUUACUUAACAUGUGUGAAGUUCUUGGAUUCUUGGAUGGAAAUGCUGAGAUACUUUUUCUGUAUCAUUGCCAGGUUCCAACAUAAUUGAGAAUAUAGGCAAUCGGACCUCUGGCUAAGUGGAUCAUUAUCAUUGCAUUUCUUAAACUAUUAAAUGCCCAACUUUGUGUUGCAAAUAGGAAUUUCAGCACUUAAAUUAGUACCAUAUGAGUUUCCUGUGAUGAUAUCCAAGUGUAAAGCACCAGGUUGGUUUGUUACUUUAGUAAAUUAUUCAUAGUGAAUUAUUUUCUAAAUUAAGAACAAAAUUUAAAUUUAGAAAAUGUUGGUAUUGAUAGUAGUAUUCACAACCAACAUCUGUUUAGAUGUUUCAUCAUCUUUAACCCAAACAAUGGAAGAGUAUUCAUCAUCCUUGUUCUCAGCUAGGAUGAUUCUGGCUUUGCAAAAGGAUAUGCUUCUUUAAUCAGUUUAAAAGAUAUAAGCAUUUUAGGUUUUAAGACCCCCUAUUUACAUCUCAGGCAAUGUGUGGAUUGGAUUUCUCCAAUGUAGUUCCCAUACUCUAGUAAAUGUUAAUCUGUUGUAAAUGUCCAUAUUCUUUAGAAGUAUGUUCCAAAGUAGAAAUAUACCUAAGUGAAGGUUCUUUUAUCAUAUAAAUGUAUACAAUCAUAAGUUCAAAUGUGUUUUUCAAAAUAGAAUAGGGUAUUAGAACACAUUAUCAUGCAAUUACAAAACCAGGGACUGGCCCUAAUCAGAUAGGAAGUAUUCUGUAGAAUUGGUGGCCUUCUUCCCUGCCUUCCUUAGUUGGCUCCUCUCUCUCUCUCUCUCUCUC